AAUCUUUUUUUAAAUUUUGAAUUCUAGAAAAAUUUGAUUAAAUAUGCAUUAAAAAGGUAAACUUUGUACUCUAUUGUUUCUUAUAUCAAAAUUGAUGUAAGUAUGAGAUAUUCUAAUUCAACCAAUCAUAAGACAGAUUUAAUAAUUUUAAUUAUAUUAUUUUACUUUAUAUUAUUUUAAAAAAUAAAUUAAGAAAAUAUAAAUGGCAAGAACAAAGUAAACUGCAAGAAAGAGCACAGCUGGUAAUAAAAAGCCUACAAAACAUUUGGCAACAAAAGCAGCAAGAAAGACUGCCCCAGCAGUUGGAGCAACAGGAGGUUUGAAAAAGCCACACAAAUUCAGACCAGGAACUGUUGCACUUAGAGAAAUUAGAAAAUACUAAAAGUCAACAGAACUCUUAAUCAGAAAACUUCCAUUCUAAAGAUUAGUCAGAGAAAUUGCACAUGAAUUCUAAAAGGAACUCAGAUUCUAGAGUUCUGCUGUUUUGGCUCUUUAAGAAGCUGCUGAAGCAUAUCUUGUUGGAUUGUUCGAAGACACUAAUUUAUGUGCAAUUCAUGCAAGAAGAGUCACAAUUAUGUCAAGAGACAUCCAAUUAGCCAGAAGAAUCAGAGGAGAAAGGUUCUGAUCAAUUAAAAUUAUAUUCAAUUAAAUUUGAUAAAC